UUUAGUGUGACUUUGGUCAAAACUUUAUUGUAUGCACUACAUAAACUGCAUAGUGCGUAUAGAGCCCAAUUGUGGCGGACAGAAAAAAACACUACAGCGCUCUCCCCGAUACCCCCCUUGCGCGGGCCGAGGAACAGGCAUAAAACAUUAACUUUAUGUUCGCAGGCUGAGGCAGUGUGCUAGGAAACAUGAGAAGGGUGACAUAUUCAGAUUCCCGGGAAUGGAAUCUCAUGCCGCUGAAUAAAGCGGAGAGGCGACCGCGGUUCGUGUGGUUUCAGCUCAGGAUUUUAGAACGGGAACAUGUGAGCAGGGAAUGGGCAACUGGAAGCAGGAUUAUACACAACAUAGAGACGCGGGAGUGGCGCUGAACAGGAAGGACACCAGUAUAUAGUGGCAGCUUUGAUAAACUCCAACUCCUCGAGACACUUUUACGCAGAGAUAACGCGGAGGAAUACAGAACCAAAAAUGAACACAAUCGUGUUUAACAAACUGAGCAGCCAGGUGCUGUUUGAGGAGAAGGCAAAGGAGGUGGAAAGGAGCAGCAGAAAUUAUCUAGAGGUGAUCGACGGACAGCACUCAGAUCUUCUCUCAAGCAAUCAAGCAAUCAAGGACAACAACGCCAUCAGACACAGGAGACCAGGUGGCCGUCCAAACGGCGGUAAAGUGCGACACAAGCGUCAGGCCCUACAGGACAUGGCGCGACCCUUGAAGCAGUGGCUCUACAAGCACAGAGACAACCCCUAUCCGACAAAGACGGAGAAAAUACUGCUAGCUCUGGGGUCUCAAAUGACCUUGGUCCAGAACAGUCAAGUGGCAGAGUGGGCCCUUUUCGAAGCCCCAGACUUGCCUAGUUCCCGGGCCCAGAGGGGAGGCGGGGCGGAGGGGAGGAGGGCAGGAGGGGAGUCCCAGAGACGGAUUGGCAAAGAAUUAAACAUUGUUCUCUCUAUUGUUCUUGCAGAACCCAUGGACCAUGGAUCAAGUAAAUGUGACAAUGUCGGGGGCGGCGGGACAGUGGCGCUGCAGAAGGACAGGGCUCGGGGGAAAGACGAGACCUACUGGAAGGAGCUCAACGCCGCCAUGGCCUUGACCAACAUGGCCCAGGGAAAGGACAGCCCCUCGUCAGGGACGACCAGCUGCAUCAUCCAGAAGUCAUCCCACAUAUCGGAGGUCAAGACUGUCAAAGUGCCUCUGGUGCACAAGUAUUAGCAUCCGCCGUCCAGCCACCAGCGCCUCUAUGCAACGACGACGACGACAACAAAAAACGUUCCUGUUUUUUUUUUACCAAGCUCACACACAAGAGUGGAAACGAGCAAACCAGAAACUGUCUACUUUGGUUGUGUCGGUAUGGCGUCGGUCGCAUGGAAGAGAAGACAGACCUUUUUUUUAAAUCUUUUUUUUUUGACGUCUGUCAGUGUGCCCUCCAGCACGCGCAUUAGACAAGUGUUGAUUAUCGUUAACUACAGUAUUCUCAACAAGACACUUUUGUAAUGUUAACUUAUUUGAUGAGUCGGAUUUUUAUACUCUAGGCUACAGUUUUUUUUUGUUCUUUUUUUUUUCGCCAAAGUGCCUUUUUGGAAGCGCCGCACCAUCUACGGUCAAAGUCACAGAUAUUAUAGUGCCUCUCAGAUUGUGAAGGAUUAUCUGUAAAGGGAAACACAAUGGUCAAACGUUUCCUGAAAAGGAAUCGUUCUGAAUUGGUUUCUGACACUCGCAUGUGCCUUACAGGGUGGAGAAUCUCACCAUCGGAAGCACAGCUGACCUUAAGAACUCACACACACGCACACACACAACCCCACCCCAAAGACACGCACGCACACAAAAGAUACUGCCCAGGCAAAAGCAGCACUCUCCCUGAUAGCAGUGUGUUCCCUGAUAGUUUUGUCUGUGCUCUUCAUUAUGACUGCACAUGUAACCCUGUUAUGUCUCAGUCAGACCCCAUAGCUGACCUGCCAACAAUAACUGUGAACACAGAUAAGACUGACCAGCCGACACUCUCUCGCUCAGCUGGGCUCUGAAGCUGCAGCCAUAUGGAGCUCCGCAGUCCCCUCCUCCCUGCAGCGUCCCUGCCCAGCCCUCGGCCUUGGUUAGCAUCGGACCGGGGAGGGAUCCUCCUCAUCAGCACAUUUUGAACUUGCACCUCACACGUGCGCUGACACACACACACACACCACACACACACACACACACGCACCCAUUCGGAGGCUUGGUACUGUAUCUGUUUCAACAAAGAGGACCAUGACCUAAAAGGGAUGUUUUUUAGUUGCUGGUUAUCAGUGUUGUUUUGUUUGAGCAACGUUGCCUUCUCACGUGGAUGGUGGAUGAACAAGGUACUGCGGAGCGAAAGGCCCUCCUCUCCCAAUCUCCCCCCCCACCCCACCCCACAGCUGUUUCAAAUUACAUUCUAAUUGCUGUUUACAAGAAGGCAGAGACAGACUCAAAUGUUUGAUGAUCUCUUUUUUCUCUCUCUCUCUCUCUCUCUCUCUCUCU